AUGGCGAAUGUACAAGCAAUUUCGGAAGCCGUCACCGCCAGGUUGCCGUUGAUUCUUCCAACCCUUGCCGCCCUCCUCGCCGUCGUGCUCCUCCAAAAUGUCCUCAGUCAGAAACCCCUCGCGAACCUCCCCGUUGCGGGCGAGCACCUGGGUGGUGAUGAGAAACGGAGGCAAGCAUACUUGACCAAGGCCGCCGACAUUUACGUUGAUGGCUACAAGAAGUUUACCGUCAUCGUCGUGCCGCCAAAGUUCCUGGGUGAGCUCAGAAAGCUUCCAGAUGAUGUCGUCAGCUUUGACGAUGCUAUCGCCCAAAUCAUGCACACCAAGUACACCAAGCUCCCCACCGGCGAAACCCUGGUUCCUCACACAGUCAAAGCCAGCUUAACGCCAGCCCUGGUCCGCCUUAACCCAACCAUUGCCGAAGAGGUCCAGCAGUCCAUCCUCCAAGAGCUGCCUUCUUGCGCCGAUUGGACUUCCCUCAACAUUAACCGCAAGCUCCUCCGUAUCGUCGCGCUCGUGUCCGGCCGCAUCUUCAUUGGCGCCGAGCUCAGCCGCUCAGAGGAGUACCUCGACGCCGCCAUCAACUACACCCUCGAGUUAAUGGAAGCCCGCCGUGCUCUGGAGGCCAUGCGCCCCUGGUUACGCCCCUUCCUCGGCAGUCGGCUACCCGAGGUUAAGAAACUGGACCAACGACGAGCACAGGCAGACAAGUUCUUGCGUCCCAUUGUGGCUGCCAGGCGUCAAAUGCAGGACAGCGAGAAGCCCGACGACAUGUUGCAGUGGAUUAUGGAUGCACAGGACAAGUUCAGGCAGUACUCGACGGCGGAGCUGGCAACCAUCCAACUGGCCAUUUCUUUCGCCGCCAUCCACACCACGACCUUGACGACCACCAACGUUUUCUACAACCUGGCAGCCUACCCGCAAUACAUCCCUGAAUUGCGAGACGAAAUCCGCACUGUGCUUGCCGAGCACAAUGGCGUCUUCACCAGCUCGGCACUGCAAGCCAUGAAGAAGCUCGACAGCUUCCUCAAGGAAACGAUGCGUCUGGACCCGGCCGGCUCCGUUUCCUUCUCGCGCAAGGUCAACAAGACCUUUACCCUCUCCAACGGUCAGGUCAUCCCGGCCGGUGUCGUCAUCGAGGUCCCCGCCGCCGCCGUCAGCCAUGAUCCCGAGGUGUUCCCGGACGCCGACAAGUUUGACCCCUGGCGCUUCUCCCGCUUGCGUGAGGAGGCCCGCGAAGCCGGCCAAGUGGAGGCCGCCGCCCAGAACCAGUUUGUUUCCGUCAACCCGACUGUUCUAACCUUUGGCUUUGGGCGCCAUGCCUGCCCCGGCCGCUUCUUCGCCGCCAACGAGAUCAAGAUGAUUGUCGCCAAUUUUGUCCUCGAAUACGACAUGGCUCUCCCAGAAGGGGUAACCGAGAGAUACCCAAACCUCUUAUUCGGUUCAUCGCCUUGGCGCCAUUCGCAAUUAGGUCAACAAUACUCUCAUGCCCUCCCUUCGCCGCAUAUUGGAGUGGCAACUGGCCGAACACCCACGGUCUCCCCCCUCGACGUCGGCCAAAGUGGCAAGUAA